CUGUGACUGAUGGCACAUCAGCUCCUCCACAACAUUCAAAAAGAGCACCAGCAGUUGCUACAGGACACCAUCUGACUGCUCUAUGAAUGUUUCAGACAUCGCUUCAGCAGCAUGAUUCAGGAAAACAUCAAACCAGAUCUCACAUGGGAGGUGAGAGCUAACAAUCGCCACUAUCACAAACUCAAGCAGAAGAAAUCAUUCCUGUGCUUCUGCUGGGGGCAAUACACAGACAAUUUGUUGCGGAGCCACAAGUACUCUCCCUUGACGUUCCUGCCCCUGACGUUGUUUGAACAGUUCCAGCGUGCAGCCAAUCUCUACUUCCUCCUCAUGGUGGUGAUGCAGUGUGUGCCUGCCAUCUCGUCUGUACCGUGGUACAUCCCCAUCAUACCGUUGCUCAGUGUACUCACUGUGAGAGGGAUGAAGGACCUGUUAAAUGACCUGGCAAGAAGACGUAGUGACUCUGUGAUCAACUCUCGACCUUGUGAUGUGCUCAUCUCCCAGAGUUUCCAAACAGUUCAGUGGAAGGAUCUGUGCGUGGGAGAUGUGCUGCGGAUACACAAAGAUCAAAUCUUUCCUGCAGACCUUCUCCUCCUGUGCAGUUCAGAACCUCACAGUUUGUGUUACGUGGAGACAGCAGACAUUGAUGGAGAAACUAAUCUCAAGUACCGUCAGGCGCUCUUUGCUACACAUGAGGAGCUGACCUGUGAGCCCUCAGAAGAAGCCCUGUCUGCUUUUGAUGGUGUUAUAUUUUGUGAGGAGCCCAACAAUCGCCUGUACACCUUCAGAGGUCAGCUGCUGUGGAACAAACAGUGCUUUGUGCUGGACAAUGAGCACAUCCUCCUGAGGGAAACAGUCCUACGCAACACACAGUUUGCCUACGGCUUGGUCAUAUAUGCGGGUGCAGACAGCAAGAUCCAGAGGAACUGUGGCAAACUGAGAGUGAAGACGACUCAAAUGGAAAAACUUUUCAACAAAGUGGUGAUUGGGAUUGUCUUGUCCGUCUUGGUGAUUGCCCUUCUCCUUGCCAUUGGUGCUGGUGUGUUUGGGACUUCAAUCUUAGGUCGUAUGGAGGUUUUGUCUUCUCUGCUGGUUAAUAACAAUCCCAUCUACACAGCCUUCCUUACCUACUGGAGCUACAUUAUCCUGCUCAGCCCUGCCAUGCCCAUAACUCUCUACAUCACCCUUGAGCUGAUACACACAAUUCAGAGCUCAUUCAUUGGCUGGGAUCUGGAGAUGUACUGGGAACAGACAGGCAGACCUGCACAUGCCCGGAAUACGUCACUGAAUGAGGAGCUGGGCCAAGUGGAAUAUCUUCUGAGCGACAAAACGGGGACGUUGACCCAGAACCGGCUGCUCUUCAGACAGUGCUGCAUUGCUGGAGAGAUCUAUGGUGAUGCAUCAGUCACUGCUGAGGACACAGAGUGCAUGGACUUAAGCUGGAAUCCAUUUGCCUGUGGUCAUCUGUGCAUGUCGGCUCCCAGUCUGAUGGAGAAACUCCGAGGAGGACAGUGUCCUCUCAGCAGACAGUUCUUCACUGCGCUGGCUUUAUGUCACACUGUUAUGGCAGAGUGGAAGGAUGAGGCUCCGGUUUACCAGGCUGCAUCCCCAGAUGAGGAGGCUCUGGUUAGUGCAGCCAGGGAGCUGGGCUGGGUAUUCCUCUCCAGGACUAGAGACUUUAUCAUCGUCUCCGAGCUCGGUGUCAUUCGGCAGUAUCAGCUGCUGGCACUGAUAGACUUUACCAGCAAGAGAAGAUGCAUGUCAGUACUGGUGCGAGAACCAGAGGGUGGGUUGAAACUUUACUGUAAGGGAGCCGACAUAGUGAUCCUGGACAGACUGCAGAAAGACUGUCCCCAUCAGGAAAGGACUGAGAAUGCUCUGGAGAUGUUUGCUCAGACCUGUCUGAGGACUUUGUGUAUUGCGGUUCGAUCUGUUCCUGAAGCAUCAUGGGAGCAGUGGAACAAAACUCUGGCCCAGGCAGCUACCAUGAUGACCUGUGAUCGUGACAUGAUGCUGGAAAAGCUCCAUGACCAAAUGGAGACAGAGCUGCAGCUUCUGGGCGUAACUGCAAUAGAAGACCGCCUUCAGGAGGACGUCCCUGAGACGAUCGCUCUGCUUCAGAAGGCUGGGCUUAAAGUAUGGAUGCUAACUGGGGACAAAAAAGAGACGGCAGUGAAUAUUGGAUACUCUUGCAAACUGCUGGAUUCGGAUACUCGAUUACUGGAAUGGCAGGAGCUGAGGCAGAUUCUCCAGUCCGCAGACCCAGAGGUCAGCUUCUUAAAGGCCAGAAAGACAGAGAUGUGGGCUGUGGAAACACCUACAGCAGGAGAAAAAACUGCAGUUGUCCUCAGUGGGCCUGAGCUGACAGAGUUUAAACAAAGACCAGAAUGGGGGGAGAGGUUCAUGAGCCUGGCAAAGCACUGUCAGUCUGUGGUCUGCUGCCGUGUAACACCAGGACAAAAAGCUGACGUCGUCACAUUGGUCAGAAAACACACCAGCUCAGUCAUCAUGUCCAUAGGGGAUGGUGCCAAUGAUGUGAACAUGAUCAAAACGGCUCAUGUUGGCGUUGGACUGGCAGGAGUGGAAGGAGGUCAGGCUGUGCAGAACGCAGACUUCUCUGUGUCCCAGUUCAGUUUUUUAAAGAGGCUCCUUUUGGUCCACGGGCGCUGGUCUUACCGCCGGCUCUCCUUUUUUCUGCGAUAUUUCCUCUAUAAAACCUGUGCCUUCGCUCUUGUACACAUAUGGUUUGGUAUCUUCAACGGCUUCAGCUCUCAGUCCCUUUAUGAGACCUGGUUCAUCGGCCUUUACACCUCCUUCUACACAAGCUGCCCAGUUCUAUGCAUGGCCUUCUUUGAACAGGAUGUGAGUGCAGAGGUCAGCUUGAAAUGUCCAGAGCUGUAUAAAUGUGGACAAACACAGGAGCUCUGUAACCCUCUGCUGCUGUCAGCAUCCUUACUGUAUGCCGUCUACACAUCAUUUAUUCUUUUCUUCAUCCCUUUUGGAGUCUUCUACAACUCAGCCUGUGACUAUCAGACCUUGGCAGUCACUGUUUCCAUGGCUGCUAUUUUCACAGUCACCACAGAGGUUUCAUUGCUGACCAGAUUCUGGACUAAGUUCAAUAUAGCUGCCGUGUGCUUCUCAGUGGUGUUAUUUCAUGUCUGCACCAAGAUCACCCAGAGCCCUCGUCUGUUUCAGAGCUCACCCGCCGACUAUUACUUCAUUGGUGCAUCUGAUCAGGCUUUCAGGGAUCCAGUUGCGUGGCUCACAGCUCUGCUCACGGCCUGGACUGCUCUGCUGCCCUCAAUGACCGUCUACGCCCUAAGUGUCAUUCGCAGCCGUCAUAACAAACAUAGGGUCCACAGCACUCCCUGCCAGCCAGUGGAACUGAAGUCAGCUUUCAGAAGAGGGACAUCUAUCCACUGUUCAUCUUACGCCCUCUCCCAGGGACCCGGACCCGGUCACCUCAUUUCAUCAGGGACUUGCACAGUGCCUCCAGUGGAUGUGAAGGUGACUACAAGUCGUAAUCCCACUGACUCACAAAGCCAAAUUCCCAUCAAAGACAAUAGCACCAAACUUUAAUAUGAGAAAUGGCCCCUGGAAACCUUGAGGACAUGAUCAGAUGUACUGUUCCUGCAACUUACCCAGUGGUGGUCUCAGUCCAGGUCAUCAGCUGACAACUAAUUACUGAAGUUAACUUUGUCAUUAGCAUGCAUGUUUUUCAGCUAACUUUGAGAACCAUUAGCAGACCAAUUAACUUCCACUAAAUACUGCUCUGCUAACUUUAAACCAGCUACCAUUUAUUUUUUUAUAUAAAGUUUAACAAUCAGAAACAUUUGUAAGCCCUAAAAGCACACAUAUUUGUUCCUGCUGGACAUUAUAAACCCAAUAAACAAAACAGACACAUGGCACAAUGGCCACAAGCGCC